AUGGUGGCAGCUGGGCUUUCUGGGAUAGAAUCUGGUACAAAGCUGUACAUUUCAAACUUGCACUAUGGAGUGACAAGGGAAGAUAUACAGGAGCUUUUUUCAGAAAUGGGCCAUUUGAAGCACUGUGCUGUUCAUUACGACAGUUACAGACACCCAACUGGUUCGGCUGAGGUGAUAUUCACCAGGAGAAGUGAAGCUCUUGCAGCACUGAAGAGAUAUAAUAAUGUGCGCCUUGAUGGGAAGGCAAUGAAGAUUGAAGUAAUAGGAGCUGAUUUGGGUCUAUCAGCUGCUGCCGCACCCCGAAUUAGUGUUGUUCCUGGUGCAAGCGGAAGAGGGCAGAGAGAAGUUGUUAUGAUGCCUGGUGGAAGUGGGUUUGGACUAGGUGCAUCUGGCCCAUCCAGUUCGCUUCCUGGGUGGAAGCGUGGAGGUUUUGUUCAAAGAGGAGGACAAGGGCAUGGUGGUUUCGCUCAAAGAGGGCGAGGGCAAGUGCGCGGCCGCGGACGCGGCCGUGGCCGUAGUAGCUUUGUUCAGGGCCGUGGCCGUGGCUAUGUCUAUGUGCGCAAGGGUAAUGUGGAGAAAUCAGCCGAACAAUUGGACAAGGACCUUGACAACUACCACUCUGGUGCGAUGAAUGUCUAA